AUCUGACGCAGAAGUGUGAUGGCGGAGAGAUUGAAUAUUCACAGAUGCUGAAUUAUGGUGCCUUGCAACUCGGGCUUUAAUUUAUGGUUCUCAGCAUCAAUAGGAGCCAAUAGCUACCGUGUCAUUGAUCAGCUAUGCAUCCGAAAGUCUUGCCAGAUGUUCGCUGCCAGGACCCUGCGGAUUUGCCGAUAUGCUUCUUGGAGCUGAUGAGUCGAAGAGACUAUUGGAUCUUAAUCUUCCGUGCUUGACGCCGGACAAAUUUUGCUCUGAUUUUGUCGGAGAUAGCAAAAGACAUAGUUUUGGAGAUGGGAUCUGAGGUAGCAGAUUAUGAUGGUGGUCGCUGCCAACAUCGCCGUGGUGCUGCCGAGUCAUGCGAUUCUCUUCUUCCUGGUCUACAUGAUGACAUUGCUCUGACCUGCCUUGCCUGGGCACCUCGAUCAGAUUAUGCGUCGCUCGCUUGCGUCAACAGGAAAUUCAAUUCUUUGAUAGCGAGCGGCUUUCUCUAUGGAUUGCGGAAGCAGAUGGGCAUUGCCGAGCACUGGGUCUACUUGGUAUGUGACCCUCGCGGGUGGGAAGCUUUCGACCUCAUGAGACAGAAAUGGAUGACACUACCCAAGAUCCCUUGUGAUGAAUGCUUCAAUCAUGCAGACAAGGAGUCCUUAGCUGUGGGUAGUGAAUUACUGGUCUUUGGUCGGGAGUUAUUGGAUUUCGCCACCUGGAAGUACAGUUUGGUUAGUCGGAAUUGGAUCAAGUGUCAGGGGAUAAACCUCCCUCGCUGCCUGUUCGGUUCGAGUAGCUUUGGUUCAAUUGCCAUUGUCGCGGGAGGUAGUGAUAAGAAUGGGAAGAUAUUGGAAUCUGCUGAGCUCUACAAUUCGGAGACAGGAAGAUGGGAACUGUUACCUAAUAUGCACUCCCCACGGAAGUUGUGCUCUGGUUUUUUCAUGGAUGGGAAGUUCUAUGUGAUAGGCGGGAUGUCAAGUCCUAUGGUCUCAUUAACUUGUGGGGAGGAAUAUAAUCUUAAGACGAGGAAAUGGACGAAAAUUGAAGGAAUGUACCCAAAUGUUAAUAAGGUGGCUCAGGCACCCCCCCUUGUGGCAGUAGUGGAUAACCAGCUCUAUGCCGUUGAGCAUUCAACCAACAUGGUGAAGAAGUACGAUAAGGAGAAGAACACCUGGUCCGUCUUGGGAAGGCUCCCUGUCAGAGCUGAUUCUUCGAAUGGUUGGGGCUUGGCUUUCAAGGCAUGUGGGAAGGAACUGCUAGUUGUAGGUGGGCAGAGAGGCCCUGAAGGUGAGGGUAUAGUGUUGAACUCUUGGUGUCCAAAGUCCAGGGUCAAAGAUGGGACCUUGGAGUGGAAGGUGCUCGGUGUGAAGGAGCAUGUUGGAGUGUUCGUCUAUAACUGUGCCGUCAUGGGUUGUUGAGCACUUGUUCUUCAAUUUAUUCAGUCCAAGCAAUUGGACACUGCAAGCUAACGAGGCCUUUUGAGGCUGCUGCUCCACCUGUUAACUGAUUGACCACCACCACUGUCUAGGCACCCUUCAUUGAUUUGAAUAUUCAUUUUUACUCUUCGAAAAUAUCUGUAUUUGGAUAUGGUGUUCAAUUGCAUGAUCCUUGUCCCAUGACUUCUAAGAGAAGAUUACUGAUUAGGUACACAAUGGUGCAGUUCUCUGUUUCUACUCCACAACAGUUUUGUCAUCAGAAAAUGAAAAGCAUUAUCGAUUCUGUGAGGUGAGUUUUCUCACUA